AUGGGCGGGUCGCUUCUGGCGGCCAGCGCCGCAGUGUUGGGCGGAUACGGCGUCCUACCAUUCGGCUGUGAACAGGCGCGGGCUCGGCCACAGCAGCCGCUGCCGUUGCCGCCCUGCAGCGGUCCCUUGGCCGGCCAGCUGGCGGCGGCCCUCACCCGUGCCGUGUAUUCGUCCGUGGUACAUCUCCAGGUAAUGGACGAGGAGGAUUUCCAGCGGGAGAACUUCAAGCUUCGUGAACGCGAGUACAAGUAUUACGCGGAGGCCAACCGUGCGCAGCUGCCACGCAUCCCGGAUCUCGCUGACAACACCGGAGGUCUCUCAAACCGCGCCUACUUCAAUUUCAUCCACUACUGCCUCUGGAAGGUGGUUUACCGGCACGUAACGGCCGCGGAGGAUCGGGAGGCUUUUGCGACGGAGGCGGCGAAGGAGUUCCUGCAGAAUCUGAGCAGAGUGGGAUUUGAACCCGGGUCGGAUGCAGCCGUUCUGGUCCGCAGCGUGGUGCUGCCCUUCCUGGAGCUCCUUCUUGCCGGUGGUUACAUCUGCCGCUAUCAGCUAGUCCUCGGUAGCCAUCCGGGUUCCUGGCCGCAGGACUGGAUGGUCAGCCAGCCGACCGUCAUGGAGUUGGACGGGGCCGUCGCGACUGGCGACGAGGAGGAAGCGGAGCAGCCCUGGCAGCAGCAGCAGCAGCAGCAGGGAGGUGGUGGAGGCACAGAUACACAGGGUGUCGCUGAGGGCGUUUCUUCUGAGGUUGGGGUUGGGCCUGGGCCUGGGGCUGGGGCCGGGGCUGGUAGGGUCCAAGCCGGAUGCGAGUUCUUGUUUCAGGUGAAACUGCAUCGGCCUGCGGAUAUCCUCGGCAGUGUUGCGCUGCGCUCGGAGGAGGGUGGUGCAUGGCCUCGCACGGUAUCGCGCUGCUUGUCGUCGUUGCUGUUGGAGCGGCAGCAGGUGCUGCGGCGGGGCUGCUGCGAAGAGGACGCCGCCGCCGUCGCCGCCGCCGCACGACGCCAGCCACUGCUGACAUCAUCAUCAUCAUCAUCAUCGUUACCGCCAUCAUUAGCGUCUACAUCAUCAGCAGUAGCUGCACCAUCAUUAGCACCUGCAUCAUCAUCAGGAGCAGCAGUACCUGCACCACAGCCUUCGGAACUGCAGUUUUUGGAUGUUCCUACUGUCCAAAGGGGCCUGGGGUUAGGGGGGAGUUGCUUGGCGGCAGUCGAGUGCGAUGAAUUUUUCUAUCAGGAUGAGUGGCAAGGUCCGAAGAGCUUUACAGACAAGGUGUUGCUAUUUUUCGGGGACCCUUUGGAGCAGGUAGGUGUGGACUUUGUUCCGACGACGCUUGUUCAGAACUGGCGGCUGCGUGUGCUCUCGGUGGCGGCAGCAGCAGAAGCGGCAACAGUGCAGGGGUUGCAAUGAGGGAGUACGUUGGGAAGGACGGAUCCUUGGCUCGGAUCCUCCGGCUUGGCAAGCAUUGAUCGUGGGAACAGGGUUGGUUGAUUGAAUGCAAAAGUUUUUGUGUGUGUUUUGCGAUGUAAGCUUACUUCGGUCAGCCUUCAAUCGCUGUCAUCAUGUCGCUUACCAGAGUUCUCACAUGAUACAUAAGAAGUAAAAGGUUGGAUGUAGACACGCUGCCUAGACCGAACAAAUAACUUCCUUUAACAACAUAUACGGGAUUC